AUGAACCAACAACAGCCCUACUCGGUCGCGCCGAUGCGCACGCACGGCCAGGCCGAGACAGACGCCAAGACGCAAGUCACCGAGUACGAACAGCUCCAGCAUUCGCAGAACCAGAACCAGAGCCAGAACCCGAGGCUAUUGGCGCCACUAGCAGUCUCCGCUGGCUCCCAGUACUUCCACGCCACGCCAGGAAUCCCCAUGCUUGCGCCUGGAGGGGCUUUCGCACCAUCAACGGCGCCGGCGCCGUUGCCUCAGCCGCACACGUACAACGCGAUGUGGAAUGGCUGGGCCCCACAUCAUCACGUGUCGUUCCCGGCAACGCCGACGGUUUUGCCGCCCAUGCCGCAACAGCCGCAGCAACCGCCGCAGCCGCAGGACUCCCCCGUCUGGCCGUCGGAACUGCCACUCGCCGCGUUCGGACCCGACAGCGCCGCCGCCGCCACCAGCUCCGCUGGCAACAAUCCCGGCGCGAGACAGUACAUGGUCGCGCAGCCGUUCACCGCGACCGCAGGGAAUCACGUGCCCUUGGCGAACAAUAGUAUAUGGCCUUCCAGCACGAGUAUGGGCAUGCCACCUCCACCGCUGCAAAUCACGCCGCGAACGUCGGUGUCGGGGCUGCCGCUGCCCCUGCCGUCUCUACAGCAGCAGCAGCAGCAGCAACAGCAACAGGAGCAACAGCAGCAGCAGCAGCAGUUUCAGAAUCAUUACCAUUAUCAGCAUCAGCAUCAGCAUCAACAACAACAUCAACAUCAACAUCAACAACAACAACAACAACAACCACUGCUGCAGCAGCCGCAGCAGCAGCAUUUCCACCUUAAUCCACCGCAUAUUCAGCGUUCGCUGUCUUCCAACAGCGGCACCGUCAAAAGUGAGGUCCCUCUUCCGGUGCAUUCUGCUGGUUCGUGGGAAUCCAAGUCCACCUUCACCGUCUUCCGCUGCAACAUGUGCGAAAAGUCGUUCCGCCGUCGUUCGUGGCUCAAGCGACACUUACUUUCGCACUCGAGCUUCAAACCGUACAGUUGUCCGUGGUGUCAGAGCCGUCACAAGCGACGCGACAAUCUGUUCCAGCACAUGAAGACCAAGCACGUACGUCAGGUGCUGAACGAAGUUUACCGUGCCAACGGCCAACAAGAAAUCGUGGAUGAUACUGACGCAACGCUGCCGGCGGCUACAGCUUGUGAUGACAUCUCGGAGGAGCCCAGCCCUAGCAUUGGAACGCUGAUCGAGGAAGGUCGCGUCCGCAAAGAUCGUGUGAAAACAGUACUGAACGAAAUCAUCCUGCGAUCUCACAGUGAAGUGGUAGAAACGUAG